AUGGCUGACUUAACGACGAGCAUGCUGGGAAAUAAUCUCAAAGAAAAAUCAAAAUGUUUAUGGACAAUCGAAUGCCUUGAGAUUGUUGCUAAAAUGGGGGAGUCGAGUGACGGGGCUCAGAUUACAGUCGUUGAUGUUGCAGACAUCUUACAAGAUGGCUACGUUCUUAUUACAGGUGGGAAGACCAGGGGUGGCCAUACCAUACUGAGUUUCCCUGACAACCCCUCUAAGCCUGAACUCAGUGAAGAACAGUACAAGAGAUCUAUUACAUACCUAACUACAGUCCCUGCCCUUCCUGAUGUUGAGCUGGGGUUUGUGAUAGUCAUAGACAGAAGACAGAGUGGUUCAUCUUCAGUUAAAAACCUCCUCACUAAGAUAGCAGCAUUCUUCCCCGCUCUGAUUGAGGUGGUGUUUGUAUUGCGUCCAACAGGUUUUUUUGCCAGGACUUUCUCUGGUUGGGGAUGGGUAAAGGAAGAGUUCAAAUUCAAGGUGGUGCUAUGUACUGCAGUAGAAGAACUAUAUGAUCAUAUAGAACCUAGUCAGCUAACAGACAAUUUCAGUGGCUCUCUCAAGUUUGAUCUCAGUGAAUGGAUUGAACAUCGUGCGGCAAUAGAGAAGUUCCAGGCCAACACAUAUCAUGUUUCUAAGACAGUCACAGACAUGGUGCAAUUUUUCCAAGAUGCUGAACUUCCCAAUGAUAAAGAUGAAACUGAGGGUCUCAUUCAGGAACAUGAAAAAGAGAAGAAAAGUCUUAUAGAGGACCUGUCCACUGCCAAGAAUCAUGGCCAGGUGUUAUUAAAAUGUAUCGUCAAGGAGCACGAGGCACAGACUGAGGACCAAUCAGCUGGUGCAGAACCAGGAUCUGACAAAAUGGUGCAUAUAAGGGCUGUUGAAAGGUUGGUGUUACAGCUAGAAGAGGUUGACAAAACAUUCACAAAUUUUUGGACAAAUCAUGAACGGAGACUUCAGCAAUGCUUACAGUUACGGAGAUUUGAAGAGGAAUUUAAACAAUUGCAGUAUAUUUGUGACCAACAUUUGACAACAAUAGAAAGCAUAAUGGAAAGUGGAGACUCACUACAGAGAGUUGAACAUCUCAUGAAAGAACUCAGACACUUUGAGGAAGAUUCUGUGGAUGAUUUUGACAAGUCUGAGCAAUUGAAAAAUAUUGGAGAGCGAUUGAUCGCUGGAGAUCAUUACGCAGUUGAUAGCAUUAAACCAAAAUGCUUUGAACUGAACCAUAUGAAUAAAAAAUAUCGGGAAAUUACAGAGCAUAAACGGGAAGUUCUCAAAAAGUCUCUAGAACUACAAGAUAGACUUGCAAAGGCCAGUAGAUGGUGUUCUGAAGGUGUUGACCUUCUCGCUACGCAACAAAUAGAGAGAUGUCAGACACAAGAUGGCGCCCUACUUGCACUAAAGGAUGUCGAAACAUUCCAAGAUAAGGCAAAAGAAUUGAACCUUGGAGAUCCAAAAGAAUUUAAAGCCAUGUUUGGAAAAGUAAUGGAUUCAGAAACCACAGAAACAGUUCAGACGAUACUCAAACGCAUACAAGAUGUUCAUGAUAUGUGUGACAAGCGAAAUAAAAGUCUUAAAAAACUCGCAAAUACUCUUCCUCGCCCUGUUCAGCCUGUCAUCCCUGCCCCCGCAGAACCACUUCCUGUUCGUAAGGAUGCAGUGGGCCCCACACAGAGACCAGAUAUUGAAUCUACACGACCAAUACCAAAGAUAUCACCUCGGGAAAUCAAAGAGCAACCAAACAAAAAAGCUCCACCUAUUGAGGUCACUUUGAAGCGAAAGGAGCGCAAAAGUAAAAAGAAGGUUGAAAAAUCUAAAUCUUUACCAACUGACAAGCCUCCAAAGACUAGAAGGCCUGGUAUGGCUUCAAUCCGGCAACGUAUCAUCAGCCAAGACAGUGAUACUCAAGAUAGUGAAUCUGAAUUAGUCAAUCAGGUGACACUCGACCCAGAAGUCCUGUUUGCAAAAAGAGGACAUGUCAUGAAAGAGCUGAUUGAUUCAGAACGAGUUUACAUCUCUGAGAUUGAAAGCAUAAUUGAUGGCUAUGCACACAAAAUGACCGAUCCCUCGAUGCGUCAGAUCAUUCCUGAUGAACUGUAUGGGAAGAAGCAUAUCCUGUUCGGCAACUUGGAACAGAUUUUUAAGUUUCAUCAUGAGAAAUUCUGGGAGGAACUUGAAGGUUGUGUCAAUACACCAGCCCUGGUUGGCAAAUGCUUUGUUAACAGAAAAGAAGAGUUCCAGAUGUACAGUGAAUAUUGUCAAAACAAGCCAAGGUCAGAACUACUGAGAAGAGAGGCUGGAGACAACAAUCCAUUCUUUAAGGAGUGUCAGAAACAGCUUGGUCAUAAGUUACCACUGGGGGCAUAUCUCUUAAAGCCUGUACAGAGAAUUACCAAGUACCAGCUAUUAUUGAAGGAAAUGUUAAAAUACACAAUUGACAAGGCACAGUGUCAUGACCUCCAGGAGGCACUAGAUACAAUGCUAGGGGUGUUGAAAUAUGUAAAUGACAUCAUGCAUCAAGUUGCCAUAACUGGUUUUCCUGGUCGAUUAGCAGACCAAGGUAGAUUAUGGAUGCAGGACUCCUUCAAUGUUUGGUUGACUCAUGCACAGAAAAAAGAUCGUUUAAAAGACAUUCGCUUCAAACCUAUGCAGAGACAUAUAUUUUUAUACGAGAACUCAAUCCUGUUUAGUAAGAAGAUGGAGGACAAAUAUAAAGAUAAAGAAUAUAUUUAUAAGUCAUCAUUAAAGACCUCCCAGAUUGGGCUGACUGAGAAUGUGAAAGGAGACAAGAAAAAGUUUGAAAUUUGGCUCCAUAAUAAGCAGCAGACCUACAUCAUUCAGGCGCCCUCUAUAGCUGUUAAACAGAAAUGGGUGGAAGAGGUGAAAGCUGUUUUACAGAGACAGUUUGACAGAAUGAAAGAAGCUAUUGCCAAAAAGAUUGAAAUAGAUGAGGGGAGAAGUGAUGAUGCAACCAGCCUUACAAGCCAAUCUAGUCUUCCAUUGGACAACCAAUCAGAUAGCAGCCCCAACAACAAUGGCGGCUCAGCACAUGACACGAGUGAUGACUCGGCAAGUUUCCAUGAUGUCAUAAUUCCAGAUACAAACAAUCAAACUGAAGCUAUGGCAACACCUAUUCAAUUUUCAAAAACUUUCAAUCAAAUUGAUACUGAAAAUGUACCAAAAAAUACAAACCCUGGUGUCGCCAUACCGGAGAUUUCCAUUUUGGAAGAAGGUCAAGGGGACACAACUGUGUAUUAUAGUGAUGAUAUGUGGUCAUCUGAUGAAUUUGAACAGACGGAUGAUGAGAUACUAGAGGGUGCUGGUGAUGAAAUGGGAGAUAACAGUUCUGGUAGUUUAGAAAUAACUGGUAUUGAGGGUAAAGAGUACAUAGCACUCGCAGAUUACUCCAGGGUUGACCCUAGCGAGCUCUCCUUGACUGAAGGAGAUAAAGUUGUGACGCUACGCCUAGGGACGGAUGGUUGGUGGUAUGUCCAAUCCACCAAUAAGGAGGAAGGCUGGGUACCUGCUAGUUAUUUAGCUGCAUUCCAUCGCCAUUCACAUUCCGACAUCUCAAUGAGCAGUGAAGAAUCUGGCAGUAAUGUCAGUGGUGCAUUGAAAAACUUUGAUAACAAUUCUACAUCAAUACCACUUGAUGAAAUGGAGGAAAUAGUCGUGUAAGCUUCAGUUGAGGUUGCUGACAUGUGUGUUUAAAUUGAUAAUAUAAAGUUGAAGAGGCUGGGAAAUGUUCCUGGUCUCUCUAAGACUAUGACAAAAUGGAGGAAAGGAAAACACAUUAGAUUGUGCAUAUUAUUGAAGAAGUCAACAAAUCCCAAGGAUUAUUUUAGUAAUAUUGAAUAAGGAAGAGGAUUCUUGAAUAAUAUUUAAUGAACUGUCGCUAAGGAGAAACGAAGGAUAUACUGAUACUGUGCCAUGUGCUAACCUGUAGUAAAUUAUAACAAGGAUGGUAGAAUGGAAAUAUAUUAAUAAUGAAGAGAUUUCAACUAGUCAAAGUUUGGAAAAUAUGGAUGUUACAUCAAAUAUCUAGGAAACCAUAGCAACUGUUGCAAACAAUGUAGGAUUGAAAUAAGUAUCUGUGAUAAUAUUAAAUGAAGAUUCUUGGAAUAACAUUGAAUAAAGGAAAAUAAUUAUGGGAGUAAUACUGAAUGAAAAAAUGAUUGAAACAAAAAAUAGUGAAAGAAGGAAAUUUACUAUCGGUAUCCAAUGAGGCAAAAUGAUUCAUGGAAUAAUAUUGAUUGAACGGCCACUAAUGAGGAAGCAAUCAGAUUGCAUUCUGCAAAUGACAUUCUCAGAUCAUAUCUACCCUGAUUCAAUUGAGAAUACUGCAUGCAGCCAGGAGACAAGGAAGAUAAAUAUAUGCCCCUCAGGGUAAUAAUCAUAUCCACUUUCACAGUUCAUGCUCACUCUUCCCCUCUAAGUUGCCUAAAUCAUUGGAAU